GCAAGCCUCGCACCUUCCUGGAGAAGCUUGCAAAUCCUUCUCCAGCUCGAAAUCUCCUCUCUAAAUCCAAUUGACGACCAUGUCGGCGAUCAAUCGCAGUGUUCGCACAGCUACGAGAAACCUUCGAUUGCCUGCCCGCCAAUCACGAGCUCUUCGUGCCCCUCUUUCCCUCACACAGCGAGCACCCAUUCAAGCUUCACCACGCACACCUACCUCCAGACAAUUCUCAGCUAUGUCUCCUUUGCAAUCUGGUGCCCCGCCACCACCUCAAGCUCGAGAAUACGACCCUGAGAUUAAGGAUAUUGCAAGCUAUGUUCACAACACUCCAAUAAACUCCGACCUCGCUUUCGAUACAGCUCGAUUUGUCUUCCUCGAUACACUCGGAUGCGGUCUCGAAGGUCUGCGGUUCAAAGAAUGCACGAAGCUGCUCGGGCCAAUUGUUGAGGGAACCGUUGUUCCAAACGGAACCAAGGUCCCAGGCACCCCCUUCCAGCUAGACCCUGUCAAUGGCGCUUUCAAUAUUGGUGCUAUGAUCAGAUGGCUCGAUUACAAUGACUGUUGGCUUGCUGCUGAAUGGGGCCACCCUUCGGACAAUUUGGGCGCGAUUUUGGCUGUUGCAGACUGGAUUUCGCGAACAAACCGAGCUGGUGGGAAAUUGGGCAAUGAUAAGGUUAUAACUGUCAAGGAAGUUUUGGAGGCUAUGAUUAAGGCACACGAAAUCCAAGGCUGCUUGGCCCUUUUGAACUCGUUCAACAAGGUCGGUCUGGACCACGUUGUGCUUGUCAAGGUUGCCUCUGCGGCUGUUGUUUCGAAGAUGCUGGGUCUCUCAGAAAAGCAGACCGCAGAUGCGGUCUCCCAAGCCUGGGUUGACGGACAAAGUUUGAGGACAUACAGACACUCUCCCAACACCAUGUCGAGGAAGUCAUGGGCUGCCGGUGACGCAUGCCAACGUGCCGUUAACCUCGUUUUGAAGGUUAUGAAGGGCGAGCCUGGUGUUCCUACAGUCCUGUCUGCUCCAGUCUGGGGCUUCUAUGAUGUCUUGUUCAAGGGCAAUAAGUUUGAAUUUCAGCGACCAUACGGAAGCUACGUAAUGGAGAACGUUCUGUUCAAGGUCUCAUACCCAGCCGAAUUCCACUCUCAAACGGCUAUCGAGGCCUCAAAGCGAAUCCACAAGCAAUUGGCAGACAAAGGAAAGUCAGCUGCCGAUAUCAAGGAUAUCACCUGCCGCACACACGAAGCUUGUAUCCGAAUCAUUGACAAGCAGUUCAAGCCCAUGGACAACUUCGCUGACCGUGACCAUUGCAUCCAAUACAUGUGCUCCGUCAUGCUCGUUUAUGGCCGUCUCGAAGCCACCGACUACACUGAUGGAGGAGAAGCCGCUACAUCUCCUCUUGUCGAAUCCCUUCGCCAAAAGAUCAAGUGCGUUGAGGACCCACAAUUCACAAAGGAUUACCAUGACGAAAAUAUGCGCACCAUCCCCAAUGCCUUGACGGUCACUUUGAAUGACGGAACUGUUCUCGAGGAGAUUGUUGUUGAGGCACCACUGGGACAUAAAUUGAGGAGAGAGGAAGCCAAGCCAGAAAUCCUGGCUAAGUACAAGCGACACCUUGGACCACAUUACAGCGAGCAGCAGAUCAAGGAGUUGGUCGAUCUCGGAAAUGAUGCGAAAAGGUUGGAGGCUAUGGCAGUUGAUGAGUAUGUUGACUUGUAUGUCAGCAAGGACAGCAAGUUUGUGUAAACAAGGACACAUUUUUAUAGAUGAGAAUGCAUUGCUUUACUGAACAGGUCUGCAGUGGGUCGUAUCAAGUCCUCUCUAAAUGGAUGGAAUGUCGUGUUCUGUUACAUCGCAAAGACGUCAUGAAACCCUUUCCGUCUCCGUAUACCACGUGCAAGUCACAGAUCUUGAAGUCUUUGUUGCAUCUCGCAUUCAAUGACGGUAGUCCGUUGGGAACCUCCGUGGGGGAUAUCCUCUGGGAAUAUCCGCUGGAAAUCUCCUUGGCGAAAAUUCUCAGGAAGUAGUAUCCUUAGCGAACAUCGAGGAAAGGGGUUUCAGGAAAUAUUUUUGGGAACUGUACUCGAAAAAAUGUGUAGAGCUAUAUAUUGUAAUACUAAUGCUUGUUUUCUGGACGAAGUUUCAUCUGAUAAUUACUUAAGAGUAAAAAGUCUGGAUUGACCAGACUCUCCCAACGUCUCAGGGAGCUAGAACUUGAGGCCGAC